GGAUUACCACGACGAAAGUAGAUAAGUAACGGAAGGAGUGAGUAAGACGUUAAACUGAGGCGUGGUAACGCACGUCGAGAAACGAAGGCGUGCCUUGGUUAAGUAAUAUCGAAUACCGUAUUUUGCUCAGCUGCGUGCGAGCAGAAAAUUACGGUCUCGCUCAGCUGGGUGCGAGCGAAAAAUUCAAGCAAUAAAUUCACGUCAUCGAACGAGUCGAAAGUUGUUAGACAUAAUGGAUCUAAACGAGCUCAAGCUGGAACAAAUAAAAAAUAUACUGAGACACCACGAGUUGCCUACAGCAGGAAGAAAGGCCGAGUUGAUUGCUAGGCUGAGAGAAGCGGACCCAACGGGAAGCUGGAUUGACGAAGGUUUAAACAGAGACAACGAAGAGGAGGAUGUUUUCGAGGAAACGACCGAGGACAACAUAGAGGAAAACAAUGCUGAGCGGGAUUGCCAGGCAAGUACUUUAGCUCGGCGAGAAACCGAACUAGAAGUAAGAGAAAGAGAGUUAAUGAGUAGAGAGAUCGCGCUGCUUCGACGCGAGAACGAUUUGCUACGGGGAUCGCCGCAAAAUAGUCAUUCGUCAGUAGAUUCGCGAACGACAAUUAAUAUUAAAAACGUAGGAGAGUUGUUAAGCGAAUAUGAUGGUUCUGGUGAAGAUUUUCAGAGAUGGAAAGCUCAAGCUAACUUGUUAUGUCACACUUAUGAGUUAAAUGAAAAUGCGUCCAAAAUAUUAAUCGGAUCAAAAUUACGAGGAAAGGCACAGAGGUGGUAUCAUUCAAAAGCGGAACAUUUGUCUAUGAAUACAAACGAGCUGUUGAGAGAAAUGGAAUCAAUGUUCAAUCUGCCGUUGGGAAAACUGGACUCACGUCGUAAAUUCGAAGCGAGAACGUGGAAAACAAACGAAGCAUUCAGUGAUUAUUGUCACGAUAAACUUAUCCUGGGAAAUAAAGUUCCCAUUAUACAAGAUGAGUUGAUAGAAUAUGUAAUUGACGGAAUACCAUCUGAGUCAUUACAAAACCAGGCUCGAAUGCAAUCGUUUUCAUCCGUUCAAGAGUUGACAAAGGCAUUCAAAAAGAUUACAUUAAAAACCGAAACAACAAAUCGCAGGUCAACAACUCUCCCAUGGAAUGAUCCUCAAAAGAAAGUAGAUCGCAAAAUUGUGGAUAGCAAAGAGCCAAUGAAGAUUAAAAUGACUACAACAACAAGAGGAGUGGUUAAAUGCUAUAAAUGUAACCAAGCAGGACAUUAUGCGAGGGACUGCACCGCUGAAGAGCCACAGCCCGGAGGAAAGAUUGCCAAGUCGAAGAUACCCCCGAAGACAACCAGUAGAACCGAGAAGCAGGUGGGAGUCGUCAAUGAAGAGGAGAAUAGCGAUUCCGGGGAGUCAAGGGAAGAAAACGAUCAAAAUGAGGUUUGUUUAGUGGACCUGACGGAAGAAUUAAAAGAUGAAUAUCAAAAAAUCGUAGAAUGCAGCAUGGAAGGUAUAGAUCAAUUUUCAUGUACCGCUCGAGUUGAUACCGGUUGUCCUAUUAAUUUAAUAAAAAAACGACUAAUAUGUAAUAAAACUUUGGAGAAAGCGGAUCGCGAAUGGAAUCGUUAUUACGGAAUUAACAAUUCAAAACUUCAUAUAGAGGGAAUUGUAAAAGCUAAAAUUAAGUUGGAAGGAGAAAUAAAAGUAAUAACGUUUGGAGUAGUAUCGGAUAAUGUAAUAUGUGCCCCGAUGCUGUUAGGUCGAGAUGCUCUUAAAUUGUUUGGAUAUCGGUUAAGUAAAAACUGUGUAUACGACAAAGCAGUAAUGCAAAUAUUAAAUAUCGACACCGAACAAACUUUAGAGUAAACCAGAACGC